GUAUGGGCAUUUUGAGUGGGUGGUCAUGCCUUUUGGCCUCACCAACGCCCCGACAACCUUUCAAGCGGCAAUGACCAACGAGUUUCAUGCAAUGUUGGACCGGUUUGUGCUGGUCUACUUAGACGAUAUUCUCGUCUAUAGCCGGUUAUUGGAGGAUCAUCUUGAGCACCUUCGACGAGUGUUGGAGACGCUCCGUCGUGCCAAGUACAAGGCCAACCGCGACAAGUGUGAAUUUGUCCGGCAAGAGCUGGAAUACUUAGGCCAUUUUGUCACACCAGAGGGCAUCUGUCCGCUAUCAGACAAAAUUCAAGCCAUCCAAGAGUGGUCGGAGUCACGGAACGUCACAGAUGUCCGUUCGUUUCUUGGCCUCGCCGGCUACUACCAGCGUUUUAUCAAAGGUUACUCGAAGAUCGCGGCCCACUUGACCAAGCUUCAAUGCGAGGAUCGACCGUUUGACUUCGGAGAGGAUGCGCGGGAAUCAUUUUUUGCUCUCAAAGCUGUGCUAUUAUCUGCGGAGGUCUUACACAUAUACGACCCGCUUUUGCCUACGCGCGUCACUACGGACGCGUCCGGCUAUGACAUUGGUGUCGUCCUCGAGCAACAUGAUGGCGUGGACUGGCACCCGGUCGAGUAUUUCAGCAAGAAAGUGCCCGUCGUGCAUUCCAUUGACGAUGCACGCAAGAAGGAGCUUCUCGUCUUCGUCCACGCGCUCAAGCAGUGGCGGCACUUCCUCCUUGGUCGAAGCCAAUUCCGAUGGGUAACGGACUACAAUCCGUUGGUUUUUUACAAGAUCCAAGACACCGUCAACAGCACCAUAUCUCAAUGGAUGACUUUCAUCGACCAGUUCGACUUCUUUCCCGAUCACAUUCCGGGGAAGUCGAAUCGUUUUGCGGAUGCCCUUUCACGGCGUCCGGAUCAUUGUACCGCGGUCUACUCAACCUUCGAGAUCGACAACGACCUGCGGGACAGCUUCAUCCGCGGCUACCAAGCCGACCCCGAGUUUCGUGACAAAUAUGCGAAUUGCUCCUCUCCUAAUCCGGCGCCUUCUCACUACCAGAUCCAAGAGGGGUACUUGCUUGUCCACACACGGGGAAAGGACCUUCCUUGCGUACCUAGUGACCCUCACUUGCGUACACGGCUUCUUGGCGAGUUCCACAAUGCUCCUGCCACCGGACACUUUGGAGUCAAUUGCAUGAUUGGCCGACUUCGCAAGCGAUUUUGGUGGCCCGGCCUUCUCGGCGAUGUCAAUCGUUAUUGCGAGUCAUGCGAGGUUUGCCGACGCUGCAAAUCCCGCAACCAUCGUCCAUACGGUGAGUUGCGACCAUUACCGGUCCCCUUGCGGCGAAGGGAAGCAAUUGUCAUGGACAUUACCGGCCCGUUCCCCAAGCACAAGACCGGCAUGGAUGGGAUUCUCACGGUGGUCGACCGACUCACCAAGUUCGCCAUGUUUUUGCCUUGUCGCUAUCAUGCCAAGGCACAGGAGUUGGCCGAGAAAGAUUGGGUUGAGCGGCUGCCGAAUGUCGAGUUGGCCUACAACUCCUCCAUCCACCCGGCUAUUGGGAUGCCGCCCUUCGAAUUCGAGCACGGCUCGCCGGUCACUUCUCCGUUGGACACCAUCAUUCCACGAGCGGUCGAGAGCGACGACCAUCUUUUGUUCUUACGUCGGAUGCAAGAGCUUCUUGUCAAGGCACGCGACUAGAUGGCUAAGACGCAGCAACGCAUGAGCCAGCAGGCCAAUCACCAGCAUCUCCCUUGCCCAUUCCGCGU